GCAUGUGAUAUUCUGAGAAGUAGGCGGAAAGCUAUGGCGAAGAAAAGCUAUGACUAUCUGUUCAAGUUACUCCUAAUAGGGGACUCAGGCGUCGGAAAGACUUGCAUUUUAUUUCGCUUCUCCGACGAUGCUUUCAACACGACGUUUAUCUCGACGAUAGGUAUCGACUUUAAGAUAAAGACUAUUGAACUUCAAGGAAAAAAGAUCAAGCUACAGAUAUGGGAUACCGCUGGGCAGGAACGCUUCCACACAAUAACCACAUCAUAUUACAGAGGAGCAAUGGUAAAAUGAUUCAGCCCUUUAACCCUAAAAUAAUGAAAUAGA